GCUCCCCUCCCUCUCGGCCGCCGCCAUGGUGUUGGAGAGCCUGGCCCGCAUCGUCAAGGUGCAGCUGCCCGCCUACCUCAAGCGGCUGCCGCUGCCCGAGAGCGUCGGCGGCUUCAUCCGCCUCACAGUUUCAGAAUGGCUGCGGUUAUUGCCUUUCCUGGGUGUGCUGGCCUUGCUCGGUUACCUCGCUGUUCGGCCGUUCCUCCCUAAGAAGAAACAGCAAAAGGAUAGCUUGAUUAACCUCAAGAUCCAGAAGGAAAAUCCAAAAGUAGUGAAUGAAAUAAACAUCGAAGAUCUGUGCCUCACUAAAGCUUACUGCAGGUGUUGGCGUUCUAAGACGUUCCCUGUCUGUGACGGCUCCCACAACAAGCACAAUGAAUUAACAGGAGAUAACGUAGGUCCACUAAUACUCAAGAAGAAAGAAGUAUAGCAGAUGCUUAAUCCACUAGAUCAUGACUGAUAAAAAGUCUUUUUAUACGGUUGUAGUUGCAAGGGACAGCAUUUUAUUAUGUGAUCAGUAUGAUUUAGUCUAAUUAUUGCUGUAGACUUCUUUUUGGGAUAAACUACAUUUAGACAGUGCUAAAUCUGUCACUGUUUUGAUACUUUAUUCUGAGAAGAACUAUGUCUGCUUUGUAAAACUGUAAAGUAACUAUCUCUGUAAAUAAGUCAUUUAUUUCAACAAUAAAAUGACUUCCU